GAGAUCUCAAUUCGCUGAUCCGUCGAUCACACUUCCAACUAUUGACCCUUCCACCCAGAUUCGGCUGCUUCAUCUAUCGUCAAGCAGAGGGCAUCCUAUCACCUGUCAUCUCUCUGUUGCUUCGAUCGACAAGACUCCGCCAUAUGAUGCCUUGUCAUAUGUUUGGGGGGACCUGGAGGACCUCAAAACAAUCAUAGUCAAUGGACAUACUUUCAGAGUCACGAAAAAUCUUUUCGCGGCUUUGAGUGACCUCGUCCCCCUCGACGACAGCACCCGAGUGCUCUGGAUUGAUGGCAUCUGCAUCAAUCAGGGCACUAAACCAGAAGCCCUCGCUGAGAGGAGCCAACAGGUUCAACUCAUGUGUCGCAUAUUUUCAGGCGCGAACCACGUUAUUGCCUACCUCGGACAGCCUCACCCAUGGCUUGAUCAAGCCAUAGAGCUUCUUGCCGCCGCCGCUACUGGUCAGCAUCGGCUAGUCAUUCAACUCGUCCACCGGACGGCGGGUUUCGAUGUCAUAUGGGCCGCCGAGGCUCUGAUAUCCAUAUUCAAGUCGGCAUGGUGGGACAGGGUAUGGACCGUCCAGGAGUUUAUUGUAGGGGCCCAAGUUUCCUUCUACUUUGGGAGAAUUGAAAUCAAUUCGGAUCUGCUUCGCAAAGGGGUUCAGUAUAUUGCCAAUGUCGACGGGUGGUAUGCAACCCUAUUCCCCACAGGCGAAUGGUCCUCACACCUGCCAGCCCGAGACCUUUUGACCUCAGGCUUUAUUGACCUUGCAGAGAAGCUGUCUACAGUUUCAGCACAACUGAGCGCUCUAUCGACAUUCGAUGCCAGAACAUCACUUCUCAACGCACUCGGAGGUUUCCAAAACCGCAACUCGGGGGACCCAAGAGACAAAGUCUACAGUUUGAUAGGUCUCUUCCCUCGUUCUGAUCAUAUUAUCAAAGUGGACUACACGAUCUCUCCUGAACAACUUUUCGAGGACUUUACCUUAGCCUGGAUCCAAGAACACCACGACCUAAGAGUACUUGGAUACCUACACGACCCAGAACAUCGAGUCCACAAAAACAUGCCGUCUUUUGCUAUUGAUUGGAGCUAUCGGCCGUCUAUGAGCACGGCUAGCACACUAUCUACCCGAGUUAUGGUCCAGAAACAGCUAUUCGAUGCAUGCAGAGGGUCUAAAGCCUUGUGGCGUCGCAGGUCAUCAAGACAUGUUUGCGCAGAUGGCUUUUUGUUUGACACCAUAAAAGCUACUGGCGCCAAAGAUAUCUCCAGCUCAUGGAGUAGCAGAUACACAACACUCCAAGGCAUUGUGGACAUGACAGAUGCAAUGAUGGGCAUCAAUGACGAAGGCCGACAAAGAGAUACUCUGAUGAUCAUUCAACAUACCCUUUGCAUGAGCUGCAAAUCUGAGGCUGGAAUAUUUACGCGACUGACAGCACAGGACGUUGAGAGACCACCGAAACCAUGGUGGACCUGCUUCUUCGACCUGCCUGAAGAACCCAGCGGACACAGGCUCUCCAUCGAGUUGGAAGCCAAAGGCUCGGAGUCCACAGUGCGGGUCGCAUCAUUGGAAAGAACUGUCAUCUUUACGGAAAAGGGGAGAAUGGGCCUUGCCCCAGACUGGUGCAAGACUGGGGAUGCUAUCGCCGUGAUGGCGGGAGGGGCUGUUCCAAUUGUUCUUCGUCCUGUAGGCGAGGUUCAAGGUGAGGGUGUCCCUAGUUUUACGAUCGUCGGUGAGGCAUACGUUGAUGGAUGUAUGGACGGACAAGCAUUUUAUGCAUGUGGGAGAGGUCAAGGCGAUUUUGAUGAAAUAUAUUUGCUAUAAUGGUCGGGCACCCGCUUCAUAGUUAAGGUGACCCGCCCACAUCCG